UUACUGAAAAACCCCAAAGCGCAUUGUCAAGAUGGUCGUCUUAUGGAUUACAUUGCUUUUUCUUCACCAAGGAAAUUCUCUGGUUCCAGUGAAAACAGUUCAUGUUGGUGAAACAGCGACAUUUACAUGUGAUUUAUCAAAUGAAGAGCUCGGCAGCAGAAAGGUUCAGUGGUACAAGCAGAGAGUCGGGGAUACUCUUCAAUUAAUAGUGUCACUUUAUGGAAAACCUUCUUCAGAGUUUCUUGAGUCAAGAUUUUCUGCACAUAAUAGCAAAGAUUUUAGCAACCUGACCAUUUGGAAUGUAGUCCAAGAGGAUGAGGGAAUGUAUCACUGUGGAGUAGACACCUGGAUUAAACUUGAAUGGAGUGGGACAUAUUUGUUAGUAAAAGGAAACACUGAAAGGACAUCAAACUAUAUUGUUGUACAGCAGCCGAUAGAAUCAAAUCCACUCCGUCCAGGAGACACAGCAACUCUUCAGUGUUCAGUUCUGACAAAUUCUGAGAAAAACACAUGUUCAGGACAUCAUAAUGUUUUCUGGUUCAGAGCUGGAUCUAAAAAAUCUCUUCCAAACAUCAUCUACACUGAUGGAAAUAGAACUGAUCAAUGUGAGAAAAGAACUGACGUUCAGGAUGGAUGUGUUUAUCACUUCUCUAAGAACAUCAGCUCAUCUGAUGCUGGGACUUACUACUGUGCUGUGGCCACAUGUGGGGAGAUAUUUUUUGGAAAUGGAACUAAAUUGGAUGUUCAAGAGAAACCAACACGACUGGUAUUUAUUGAAAUUGUAAUAUUAAUAACCUGUUUCGCCAUUUCGAUCAUUGGAAAUCUUUUUUUCAUCUGCAACCGAAGAGUAUGCAAAAAAUGUAAAGAAAUAAAAAGUGAUACAACAGAAGUACAAACUGACAACUUGUACCAACCAACUGAAGCUGAUGAUGAAAUAAACUACGCUGCACUCAGUUUCUCUGAAAGAAAAACAAGAGGAAGAAGGACAAGAGAGUAUACCGAGGACACUGUUUUCUCAUAAAUGUUGAGUUAAAUGCUGAUGAAUGUGACAUUGUUGAGCACCUCCUUAAUAUUAAAAUAAACCUUAAAUU